AUGACUAUAUCUCCUCCGUUGAUGGGGAGGAUGUCCGAUAGAGUCGGCCGACGCCCUAUGCUACUCGUCUCAAUGCUUGGGAUAGCAGUAGCUUACACUUGUCAGGGCCUCACCAAAGACUAUUGGUGGUUCGUAUUCUACCGCUGCAUAACGGGUNNNNUUAUGCUCUUACUCAACUCGAUUGCGAUCUAUCUUGUAGACAAAUGGAUCCUCUUCAGUACAACAAUUGCGAUCUUUUAUUCGGGAUGGCCUAAUAUUGUCGCCGAUCUGGCCCCCAAAUCCAGGAUCGGCGAGCUUAUGGGGUAUAUGACCUUCUCUCAAGGUGUGGGAAGGCUGAUAGCAACAGCGUUAGCCGGCCCUUUAUACGACAUGAACGUGAACGUCCCAUUUUCUACUGCAUCUGGUGGCUGUCUAAUAGCAGGCCUCAUGUCUUGGGGCAUGUACUAUCGAAUCAAGCAACAAUCGACUGGCAUCAGAUGA